GGGAGCGUUUACCGGCUGGAUUCACACUGUUGGAGGAGUUGGACGGCUUGUUUGUGGGCUCAGCGCGUUUGGAAGCGUCGUUUUAUAAUCUGAAAAGGCUGAAACCAGGCUGCUCGGUUUUCUGCUGCUUGAAAAUGAGGAUUGCGUCCAGAACCACGCUUCUUAUUUGCCUCUUCUUGUGGAUACCUACUGUUACUGUGUCGCAAAGUGCUGAUGAGUCUGUGGAUGAGGAGACAUCAGGAGACGAUGGGGAGUUCUCGGGAUCAGGCUCAGGAGAUGAUGUUUUUAUGACAGACAUUAAUGAAACAGAGGUGGCAACACAACCAAACACCAACAUGACAAAAACGACCUGGGUAACCGAAGCUCCUGUUAAACUUCCAGAGCAGGCAGUCACCCAGCUGUCCUCAACGGUCAUUCCCCAGGCUGGUGUUGAAUCAGCAAGCCCCAGCACCACGGCUCCCCUGCACUCCACCACCAACAUACCAGAGACUCAACCAUCUCUAACCUCUGUCAAAUCAUUCAUCCACGUCAAAGACAUACCUGAGGUUGAAACCACGACAGUCCAACGUGUGGAACAAGAAACCCCUGAUACUGUUCCAGUAGAGGAGAAGCUGCCUGUGCUGCCUGUAACUACAGAACAACCGACAACUACAACCACCCCAGAGAACGUUGAAGAAGAGCCUACAUCUACUACAUCUGUUCUGCUGGUACAAAAUGUAGAUGACACUUCAGUUGCAGAUGACAUCGAUGACCAGCCAACAGAAGCACCUGAUAUGGAGACUACAACUUUACCUCUGCCGACAAUGACAGGAUCAGGCAAUGUGGCGGCUAAAUAUGAACCUGAACCUGAAACUACAGAAGCCUCAGGUGAACCUGUGGAGUCUACAACAGUUCAGGCUAUUGUUGAAGACCCUAUUGAUGCAAACAUGAUUCCAGAAGUGAACCGUGAGAUCCCGCAGGAAGAUGAUGACUUUGGCUUUGACAAUGACAUUUCUUCCAAAACAAGAAUGAAGCUGCCUGAGUCCGAGGUUGCUCUGGGUGCAUCUACUGACGAAGGAAACUUGCUGGAGAGAACAGAAGUUCUGGCAGGUGUCAUCGCAGGUGGCUUGGUGGGCCUGGCGUUUGCCAUCAUGCUGGUGGCUCUCAUGGUCUACCGCAUGAAGAAGAAGGAUGAGGGUAGCUAUUCACUGGAUGAGCACAAACACCCUAACGGAGGCUACCAGAAGCCAGUGGCCCAGGAGGAGUUCCUGGCAUAAAGACUGUCCAACACACUGUCCCAUCUCUUGUUCUAUGCUUGACUGCCACUUAAAAACAAACACUUCUCCACUCAGCAGAUUCCAUUGGCUUGGUGACACUUUAUUGCGUUUUAUAUCCACGCUGGAUGUGCGUCGUAGAUCAGAUGGAUUGGUCUCUGAGAGUUCGAAUUGGUUGAUGGAUCUUCAGGAAAGGUUCACGUUUCGUUUUGUGUUUUGGGUUUCUUUUCGUUCGGGAUCCUCACACUGUGGACUGAGGGUGUCCUCGAGAGUCCCCUCUUAUCGUGUGUGAGGUACUGUGGGACACUGCCUUAUAUUCUUCGGGUUGGGUCAGCCCUCUGCGCCCUCUGCCAACGUUGGGGAAGCCCCAGCUAAUGUGAAAUGGCUUCUCGUUUCCACUGUGCCUUAUUUCCUCUCACAGGGAACUGAAGCACACACUGGUGUGCAGUAGCAAGAGCAUUGGGCAGACAGCCCCCACCUACUCAACCUGUUUGUUGCCUUGGACGGAGAACAUGGCGUGCACUUUUUCCCAUGCAAGCAGUACAGUACUGAAUUACACUCAUCCCAGCCAACAUGCUCAUGUGGGGCUUGCGUAGGUGGAGCAUGUUUCAGGUGGAGGCCUGGUGGAGAUGGGCUGUGAAUGGGUUUGUACCUGCAUUGUUUCUGGGAUGUGUUUAGGCCCCAUUGAGGUCAUACACAGCGCAGUGGACAGUUUCUCAGACGGGGAUUAAGCCUAGUCUAUAAACCUAGACUAUAUUUUCCUUUCAGUGGAAAACAAUCUCAAUUUAAAAUAAUAUGUAGUCCAAGACUAGGCUUAGUCCCUGUCUGGAAAACUGCUGCUCCCAUCACUGACCCUAACAUAACUGGGGCCAAUUUGAAAGCCAUGGAGAAAACCUUCUGGGUCCAAGUUGGAUACCCACACAGGUCCCACAUGGGCACGUUAUCUGGGAUGGGCCUCAUUAUUAUUUGUUUAGAACAUACUCUAAUCUGUCUGGGUUUUUUCUGCUUGCCCUGGGCUCUAACUGAACUUUUUUCUUCUUUCUUUUUUUUUUUUUCAGUGAAAUUUUGUUUUUCAUUUCUUUCAUUGUAGAUCAGCAGAUCAGAACUUGCAUGUGUGAGUGAAGAGAUGCCUCUUUUACCAGGGGUGUAACCCACCAACCCCAACCCCAAUCCCUAUCACCAUCCCUUAAAUUUUCUUGCUGAUUUUAUACUUGCUUUCUCUAAAGAUAGUGUGUUUGUAUCAAAUGUUAAAAUGUUUUCAUAGAUUUAAGAGAUUGCUGUUUUUUGGUCAGACAUGAUGCUUGUUUUGAUGUUGUCUGAUAUCCCCUGAUUGAUCUCAGAAAACACUGUAGAAACUCUUUAUUUUUAUUUUAUUUUAUUUUUUGUAUUUUUUGUUUCUUCUAAUAAAUCACAGAUGUACAGUC